AUGUCCCAAAUGACAGCUAAUGGAUGUAUCCAGUCAGACAGCCCCAGUACCUUCACGGCGAUCUUCAUGCUUACGAGUGGUCAGCAAGCAACGUUCAUUGGAUCAUUCGUACCUAGUGUGCAGACAUUCAUCUGCGAUACUGCAACGCUGACCUACACCAACGAGGACGACCUCAUCUCCUCCCGUGAUUUCAGCGGCCCACUUGGUAGUAACGAUUUCACGCUCACCUUCACUAAUAAUGUUAUCAUUUCUGGAACAUUAAACCAGCCCAUUUUCCCACCCAAUAACAUCGCUGGAGACGGAUUUUGGACUAUCCCCUAG